AUGCCUGAGUCGCAGACGACCCCGGAUCAGGUCUCAAUCGACGACCUGACUCCCGAGGAGGCCAACCGCAUCAUCCAUUCUCAUCGCAAGGUCCGCUAUGGCACCGCCUGCUGGCCAUGUCGCCAGCGCAAGGUGAAAUGCGACAACAAGCAGCCCUGCGAAAACUGCGUCAAACGUGAACACCCACAGCUGUGCUCUUACAAACCAAACCGCACCGCCUCCCACAGUAACGCCCACAAACCCGCCGCCUCCGUCACCACCGACGGCGGCAGCGUCCAGAGCGGAAACGCCACCGCCGUGACGUCCGCCAACGCCAACAGCCGCAAGAGGCCUCACUCACCCGAAGGGCCUGCCGCCGAUAUCGCCGCCGGCGCUCCUCCACUGAAGCAGGAAGCCGUCAGCACGAACUGGCCGCGUACGGCCAUCGGUAAGUCCUCUGCCUCCGCCUCCGCCUCAGCACCGUCUGCUUUAAACCCUGGUGGCUUGGGACCUACGCCGUCGUUCUCCUUCUUGGGCAGCGGUUCAUAUACUAAUCCAACGUCCUCUUCGGGCGGACCAGUCGCGGCAGCCGUGGAUGAGACCGAGGCCCCCGAGGCCGUAACGCGCUACCUCGGCCAAAACAGUAUUCCGUCGCUGCUGCGCGAGCAGUCUGCGGCCAACGAGCUCCAGGAGGGCGUCGACAUACGGCAGGACAUGAGGUCUAUCCUCGGCCUCGACACGUCGGCGCCCUUCCCGCUCAUGUCCUCGAAGCACCUCGACAGCUUAACGAGAGAGAUUUCUGCGGAGCUGCCGUCAGAUCGUGAAGUCAUGAAACUAUUCCGUACCUAUAAAGAAACGCCGCAGCAAUUCUGGGGUUUCGUCGUUGACAUUGACGACCUCGAGUCCAAGCUCAUGGUGUACCUCGAAGAUAGAGCCCGCAACGCGAGCAACGCGACGAGGACGCCGAAGCCCGUAUCUGCGUCCUGGCUCGCCAUUCUCUUUGCCCUUUUGGCCGUGGGCUCUCAGUACCAUGACUCCCCGUAUCACAUCCGCACGCGAGACUCUCAAAAAUACAUUCAAAUCUCGUUCCAUUUUCUGAGGCUAGGAAAUUUCCUACUUAGACCCACAUUCGACUCCAUCCAGGCUCUAUUACUAACCAGCUUUGUCUUGCUCAAUGACAUGAAGGCAGAGGCAUCAUGGGCUCUGCUCGGUUUAACAUGUAGGCUUGCCCAGUCCCUCGGCCUUCACCGACCAAACCCGUCAGACGGCAGAGACAGCGCCCGUAACGAUGGACAGUCCAAGGAGAUGAUCCGCCGUAAGCUGUGGUGGACCUGCGUGUGGCACGACACCUUGACGUCGCUGUCCUUUGACCGUCCACCCAUGACCAACAUUCCCUGCUGUCCCAUCCCGACGGUUCAGCACACCAUCGCCGGCGAGUACGGCUACCUCGAUACCAUGUACCAUCUCUGCGAGAUCAUCUCGCGCCGUCUCAACCCAGACGUGGCUACAACCGUGUCCUACGAACAAAUGGUCGAGAACUGCGAAGCCGUCGAGAACCUCCGCAACAUGGUCGCCCCCAACAUCCGCAUCAAGGAGCAGUGUAAGACGGCCAUCGACCGCCUACAGCACUACGCCGUCCGUCUGCACACUUCCUUCGUCAUCUCCGUCUGUUGUCGUCCCGCGCUGCGUAGGGACUGCACCAAGCUCACCCCUGACCAAAAACGCCACCUGUCCGACAAGUGCCAGCACAACCUCGCCGAGACGGUCCGCAUGUUCCUCGCCAUGCAUCAGCUCUCCGUCAUUCCCACCCGCAGCUGGGCCUUCACCUACCAUGGUCUAUCGUCCGCGCUGCUCCUCGGUAUCUUGGGCGAGACCAAGAAUAGCCCCGAGGUGCGCCAACUGCAGGGCGACCUUAUCGCGGCGUUGUCUGCGACAGCCGCGAAGGAAGCUACCUCGCCGUCGGUGCACAUUCCCAAGACGGACAAGGAUAUUGAGCUGUCAGGUCCAUUGUGGAGGGCGUUGACUGCUCUCCGCAACAUCUAUGAGCAUGGCACAAUCAUGGGAACCUCGCAAAAGAAGGAUACGGACUCAAGUGGCUCAGGAAGCGGAGCGCGGACGCCGCUGCCACCUAUGCUAAUGGGCCCGAUGGCCAGCGGUGCCAAUGGCAACAGCAACAACGUCAACAAGGCGUUUGGCAUGGAUCCUCACCAAGAUGCCGCCUUGGCCAUGGCCGAAAUGCAGAACGGUACCACCCUACCAGACUAUAACCCCAAGUACGUCAUCCUUCCCUCGGAUAAAAGUACGCUUGCUAACCAGAACAGCUUGUCAUAUCCCCCUGUAAGCAUGGAAAACAUUGCCAACCUAGACCCUUCAACGUACAUGUCGCCAAUGGAUCUAUACGAAUCAAUAUGGUGGGAAUCUCCCGAUCCGUGGAACAGCGGUGUCGACACGAUGAACUUUGACUUCGUCGCCCAGCCCCCGCCAGGUCAACCUCAACAACAAUACUACUUUUAA